AUGUUGUUUUGUUUAGCGUUAUUCUUCCUCAUCCAAACCGUCUUUUCUGAACUUACUCUUCCAGAUACCAUAGCAGAUGUAUUUCCAUCCUCUCAAGCUAACUGCUCAGAAGGAACUUUCAUGAUGACGCAUGAAUGGUUCGCUUACUGGGAUGGAGUUUUGCCCAAUGAUACUGUAGCGGAUGCGGCAGAGUUUGUAGCCCAGUUGACCCGGAAUCCUUACGGAGAUGCCGGAAACAACCAAUUGUAUAAACUAACUGACACUGGAUAUACUGUCGCUGUUUUUGGAGGAAUUCAAGUUAAUGAUUAUAUGGAGUUCUUGUUGACUGCCUUGGGCACCUACAUCACCAAUGCUAAUGGUGUUAACAACUAUUUCUAUCUUGAAUCUCAUACAGGUGACCCAAAAACUACUUAUGGUUUUAUUGUUGCUAAGGAAGAAUAUGAAUCUUAUGUUGAUGAGGCUGUCAAGACAUGGAGUAUGGGUAAGAGUUAUGAUCUCUACAAUAGUACUACCCAAUCUAUUGGUAACAUUAACAUCUGCCAACAACUAGCGGAAGAAGCUUAUGCCCCGGUUAACUCGGCUGAUUUUGGUGAAUGCAUCUCAAUUUUCUAUGAUUCGUCAAAGACUAUUGAGGAACAGACUGGUUUGACAGAUGAUCUAUUGUACGUCUACAAUAAUGGCACUGUUUCCUUUAAUGAUGGUGACAGAGUUUGUAUCUCUCUUGGUACAGCAAGCGAAUAA